CAACACCAAAACGUGACCUGGCUUCACCACCCCCAUCUGACUCAUUCCUAUUCGUGCUCUCAUAUACCCCUCCCGUUCACUUCACGUCGCUCCUUUGGUCAUUCAUCAGCCACCAUCUUCUUGAUGGUCUUGAGCUUCUGUACUUUGUCACGCCAAACUCUUUCUGCCCCCUCCCCACUUACUCUGGUACCAAGAUCCUUUUACCUUCUGAGAACACCUCGCCAAUUACCACAUACCCUUAAGCUCAAGGCCACCCUGGCUACGGCGCGUACACAGCCGCACUGGCAACCGCCAGCAUCUGCUCACCCUGCCAAGCUGAAAGUCUGGAAUUCGCUGACUCGGACCAAGAACGACUUUGUUCCUUUGGAUGGGGAAGGCAACCUAGUCAAGUGGUAUAGCUGCGGUCCAACUGUUUACGACGAUGCUCAUCUGGGUCACGCACGGAACUAUGUAACAAUUGAUAUCCUCCGGCGGGUUCUCGCAGGAUACUUUGGCUUCAAACUCAAGUUCGUGCAGAACAUCACCGAUGUCGACGACAAGAUCAUUCUCCGUGGCCGCCAGCAAUAUCUUUUGGCCCAGUUCAAAGCCAAAGCCCCAACAAUCUCGCAAGAGGUACUAGGAACCACAGCCAAGGCGUUUGAUUUUUACGUCAAGAAGAAUUUGCCCUUGUUGAGCCAAGAAUUGAAACCCGAAGACUUCAAUAAAGAAUCUACCGAGAAGUAUGCAGCUGUCAUAGCCGGUAAAGCGUUGGAUGGCCUUGGAGCCCCUUCCGACACAGAAGCCAAAAUCAAGAUGCACCUCAGGACUGCCGGCGCCGCAGCAACAGCGCUUCUUGCUCCUUCCAAAGCUGCAGCAGAUGUGGAUAACUUCUACGCCGGAGCCGACGACGUACUACUUCCCUAUCUGGACUCAUUAUACGGCUCAUCUGUCAGCGCCAGUGACCAUACCAUCUUCACCACUUUGACCAAACGGUACGAAAACAGGUUCUUCGAGGAUAUGCACUCGUUGAACGUAAUGGACCCCGAUGUCCUCACUAGAGUGACGGAGUUUGGGCCACAGAUUGUUGCCUACGUGGAGAAAAUCAUUGCAAAUGGCUUUGCGUACGCCACUUCAGAUGGCUCUGUCUACUUCGAUAUCGCAGCUUUCGAGAAAGUGGACAAGAACCAUUACGCUAGGUUAGAGCCGUGGAACCGUAACGACAAGGAUUUGCAGGCAGAUGGCGAAGGAGCCUUGACUAAGAAAUCUUCCGAGAAACGCUCGGAUGCCGACUUCGCUCUCUGGAAGUCAAGUAAGCCAGGAGAGCCGGCGUGGGACUCACCCUGGGGUCCUGGUCGGCCUGGAUGGCACAUUGAGUGCUCUGUGAUGGCCAGUGAUGUGCUGGGUGAAAGCAUGGACAUUCAUUCCGGUGGCAUUGACCUCUGCUUCCCACAUCACGACAACGAGCUCGCACAAAGUGAGGCUUACUGGGCCAAGGAGAACCAAGGCGGCCAUCAGUGGGUCAACUACUUCCUGCAUAUGGGCCACCUAUCGAUUUCAGGCAGUAAAAUGUCCAAGUCGCUCAAAAACUUCACGACCAUUCGUGAAGCGAUAGCACGUGGUGACUGGAACGCACGGGGGCUGCGCGUUGUGUUCCUUCUUGGUGGGUGGCAUGAUGGCAUUGAAAUCACCGACGACAUGCGCAAAGGAGCUUCUUCCUGGGAAUCAUACGUCACAAAUUUCUUCCUUAAGAUCCGAGAUCUGGAAUUGCACCCCGUCACUGCCUCUAGUGAUGGUGAUGCGCAAAUGAAAGUCUCUUUCGAGUCAGCGAAGCAAAAGCUUCACAACGCUCUAGCCGAUUCUUUCGACACACCCGCCGCCAUGCGGGCCAUGUCGGGAUUAAUCACCGAGUACAACUCUGCGGACAAAGCUGGAUUAUCGGAUAGUCUCUCCUUUGAGAUGGCACGGUGGGUCACUAGAAUUGUACGAAUCUUUGGUCUUGAUGGGACUGUAAACCCAGAUGAUCCUACGAUUGGGUGGUCUGGGAUUGAUAUCCCAUCCGAAGCCAAGGAAUUCGUGUACGCGGUUUCGCGUGAACGCGAUGAAAUCCGUGAACAUGCGAAAGCAGGUGAUCUAUCAGAGGAGGUAUUGACCACGAUUCUCUCCAAGGACCAACCCGCUCAGCAACAAAACGCAGCAGCUAUUCCAUAUGCUGAGGUGCUCUCCAACUUCCAGCAAAACGUCAAGGGUUUGGCUGAGAAGAAGGCGCCCGCGAAGGACUUCCUUGCGCUCUGCGAUCGAUUGCGAGAUCUUGAUCUCUGGGACCUUGGAGUCUAUCUUGAAGAUCGUGAGAACGCUCCAGCAAUGGUGAGACCUGUCGAUGCCGAGCUCCGUGCAGCGCGAGAGCAAAAGGAUGCCAUUGCCCGCCAAAAACUAGAAGCCAAGCAAAAGCGAGAACGCGAAGAAGCGGAAAAGAAGGCCAAGCUGGCGGAGCAGGCCAAGAUCAACCACAAAGACAUGUUCCGUACGGGAGAGUUCAGUGCAUGGGACGAGGACGGAUUGCCGACAAAGGACAAGGAAGGCGCAGACGUACCCAAGAGCAAGACGAAGAAAUUCAAAAAGGAAUGGGAGAAGCAGAAGAAGCUGCACGAGGAGUUUCUGAAAGGCAAACCAAUCGACCACGAGCACAUUCCAAACUCCCUCACAUAUCAUCUCCCCCCUUCUCAACCCUUUAACAAACUACUUAUAUGCACCCUCCCUUCCCCCUUCUACUAA